CGGCGCGCAUUUCCAUUUUAAACCGCCGCCCGCCCGCCCCUCGGCCGCGGCCGGCGCAGCUGCCCGCGCGGCCCAUUUCGGGGAGUGGCGGAGGCUGCGGAGCCGCGAACUGUGCAGAAAAGGCCUGGAGAUGCGAGCGGGCCCCGCGCCGUAGACAAUGAAGCCGCGGGCGCCGCCGCCCGCCCCGGGCCCCGCGCGCCGCGGCCGCACCUGCCGGCGAGACCGUCCCCGCGCCUGACCGCCCGCCCGCCCGCCCGCCGCUCCGCCCACCGGCCCCGCCGGCCCAUGGCUGGGCGCCCCGGGCCCGGACCCCCGCACUCGGGCCGCGCGGCGCACGGGCCGGCGGGCGCCAGGGGUGCCGUCCCCGCAGCCUGAGCGCAGCCCUCGAGGCGAGCGGGGGGGGGGGGGAGGGGGCGUGGGCCCACCCCCGGCGCGCCCGCUCUCCCCGCCUCGCCCCGCGACCGCCCGACCGCGCGUCCCGGCCCGCGGCGCGCUGGAUGCGGCGGGGCCCCGGCGGGCGGCGCGGCGGCCACGGCCCCGGGCGACAUGUACCUGCUGGACGGCAGCGGCGAGCCCGCGUCUCCGCCCGCGGACACGAUGCCGCGCGGGACGCACCCCCGGAAGACCGUCUACCGCAUCUCCGUGACCAUGGUCAGGAAGGACCAGCUGGCCGCGCCGGGCCCCGGCGGCCCCGACCCGCGCCCGGCUCGGAGGCCCCGGCCCGCGCGCUCCCCGGACGCGCCCGGGAGGCUGGUGGAGGAGGCCGAGGAGGAGGCGGCGGCGGGCGCUGAGGACCCCGAGGAACGCCGGCCGCGCGCCUGGGACUUCCGCACCUUCCGCACCCGCAGCACCGGGCAGCUGGAGCUCGGGCGGCUCCGGCCUUGCGCACGCGGCCCCGAGCCCGCGGACCUGGCCGGCAGCCCCCCGGCCGCGGAGGACGGGCCCGGCUCGCCCGUGCCCGGCAGCCCCGACGUGGAGGGGGUCCGAGCCGCGCCCCUGCGGCGGAGCCUCAGCUUCAGGCACUGGAGCGGGCCCGAGGCGCCGCGGAGUCGGGCGCUGGGCCGCGGGAGGCGCCACAGCAGCUCCGGGAGCCUGGCUUGGGCGCCGGGCGGCGAGGCCGCGGCCGACCCCGGGGCCGCCCUGGAGCCCGCGGGGGCCCCCGCGCCGCCGGCCUCGGAGAAGCGCAACACCCUGGACGUGGGCGAGGUGCUCAGCAAGAACGACGCGCUCUCGGACCUGGAGCGCUGGGAGCGCAGCAAGAGCAAGAACCGCACGCUGGACAACAGCGACCUGCAGCGGCUGGAGCGCGCGCGGGCGGCGGCCGCGGGCCCUGGCGGCGCCUCGGAGCACCGGCUGCUGCGCUUCUUCAGCGGCAUCUUCGCGCGCAGGGAUGGCGGCGCGCCCGGCGGUCCCUCUCCCCGGAGCGGCGCCUCGCGGUCCCGCGGCUACUUUAGCCUGCGCCGGGCCCCAGCCGACGCGCACUCGUCCAGCGCCGAGAGCAUCGACGGGUCCCCGCGCAGAGGUGGGCAGCGCGGCCGGGGAGAUGCCUUUGUGAAUAGCCAGGAAUGGACAUUGAGUCGAUCUGUCCCGGAGCUCAAAGUGGGAAUCGUGGGUAACCUGGCCAGCGGAAAGUCGGCCCUGGUGCACCGGUAUCUGACCGGCACGUACGUCCAGGAGGAGUCUCCCGAAGAUAUGGACGCAGGUGGCAGAUUCAAGAAAGAAAUCGUUGUUGACGGACAGAGCUAUCUGCUGCUGAUUAGAGAUGAAGGGGGCCCCCCAGAGGCACAGUUUGCCAUGUGGGUGGACGCUGUUAUAUUUGUCUUCAGCUUAGAGGAUGAGAUCAGCUUCCAGACUGUUUACCACUACUACAGUCGGAUGGCCACCUACCGGAACACGAGCGAGAUCCCUCUGGUUCUGGUGGGGACCCAGGAUGCCAUAAGUUCCACGAACCCGCGGGUCAUCGACGACGCCAGGGCGCGGAAGCUGUCCAGCGACCUGAAGAGGUGCACGUACUACGAGACGUGCGCCACGUACGGGCUGAACGUGGAGCGCGUCUUCCAGGACGUUGCCCAGAAGAUUGUGGCCACAAGGAAGAAGCAGCAGUUGUCCAUAGGGCCCUGCAAGUCGCUGCCCAACUCCCCAAGCCACUCGUCUGUCUGUUCCGCACAGGUGUCCGCCGUGCACAUAAGCCAGACGAGUAACGGAGGUGGGAGCUUAAGCGACUAUUCCUCCUCCGUCCCGUCGACACCGAGCACCAGCCAGAAGGAGCUUCGAAUCGACGUCCCUCCCACGGCCAACACGCCCACACCCGUCCGGAAGCAGUCCAAGCGCCGGUCCAACCUUUUCACCUCUCGGAAAGGGAGUGACCCAGACAAAGAGAAGAAAGGCCUGGAGGGCCGAGCAGACAGCAUCGGGAGCGGUCGAGCCAUCCCAAUUAAACAGGGCAUGCUGCUGAAGCGAAGCGGCAAAUCUUUGAACAAGGAGUGGAAGAAGAAAUACGUCACCCUGUGUGACAACGGCGUGCUGACCUAUCACCCAAGUUUACAUGAUUACAUGCAGAAUGUUCAUGGUAAAGAGAUUGAUCUUCUGAGAACCACUGUGAAAGUCCCAGGGAAGAGGCCACCCCGAGCCACGUCGGCCUGUGCGCCCAUCUCCAGCCCUAAAACCAAUGGCCUGUCCAAGGACAUGAGCAGUUUACACAUCUCCCCAAAUUCAGGGAAUGUCACUAGUGCGUCUGGGUCUCAGAUGGCAAGCGGCAUCAGCCUGGGCUCCUUCAGCAGCCGGCCGGACAGCAUGCAGCAACGCUCCUACUCUGUCUCCAGUGCCGACCAGUGGAGUGAGGCUACGGUCAUUGCAAACUCGGCCAUCAGCAGUGACACGGGGCUGGGCGACUCCGUGUGCUCCAGCCCAAGUAUCUCCAGCACCACCAGCCCCAAGCUCGACCCGCCCCCCUCCCCUCACGCCAACAGAAAGAAGCACCGAAGGAAGAAAAGUACCAGCAACUUCAAAGCCGAUGGUCUCUCCAGCACUGCUGAAGUCGCAUACCCUUAGAACCACAGAUGCCGAGCAGCGCAGGUCACCGUGUGUGCUCUCAGGGCACUAGUGGGGCCCUUGGAAGCUUCUCGUCGCUGACUGAUUCUCGAGAUUUUUCAACCAAAUCAGUUGUCUUACCUCCUGGCAGUCCUCUGGUGUGAGGCAACUCUGGUCUCCCUGUCACACGCCUGGCCAGGUUCUCCGUCUUGCCCUCCCUCCACACCCUGGGGCGAGCACGUCCACUCCAACUGGGAGGUACGCCAUGUUGUAUUAUUCCAAUAAAGGUUGUUGCCUCUCCUACUCUAGGAGUCUUUUCUGAUACUGGCUGGUCUCAAUCCUUACGAGACAGCUACCUCAGUUUCCGGCUUUUGGCAACCUGUUAUGAAUACACGCUCCUCCUGUGAGUGUCUAUCCACUCUUUUUGUUUUGUGGCCUCUAUUAAUAUUCCAGCUGUCACGGUUUAUCACGGUUUGGCUUGAUUCUCCUUUCACUUACGUCAAGUCCUUCAUUUUUAUUCUCAGUGAUGGCCAGAUGUGACCUUUCUGAAGUGGCUCCUUCAGAUGGAUUUACAUGUUGUUAUUCCAGGGAUACAAAGUGGUGAUACACCCACGCACAUACAUCCCAUUAUGAGAGGCGAAAUGAAUGCAGUUGUAAGAAAAAACAAGCUGAUACUUCAAAGGAAAAUUAAAAUUUCAUAGCAUUCUUGUUGACCACGAAUUGUUACUUGUGGCACCGUCCAUAGUGAAGGGGUCUGUUUUCAACAAGGAUUCCACACACACACCAGAAAUACUUUUAUAACUUCUACUCUUGUUCUUUCCCCAUUUCUGCCGUGCUUUUUCUGAAUCCUCUCCCUGUUGGUUCGGAAGGACAGUUUGCAGCAUUCGAGAAAGUGGCUCAUUCCCUCCUAAUAGCCAGCGCUGAGCCUAUAAGCCCACAAUGCAUCCACUAGUAAGGAAGGAACAGAGUUUAUGGUGCACGCGCAGAGUUUGAUGUUUACGCGAUUCUGGGAGCUGAGUGGCGGUGUGGUUUCUUGCAUAAUGAGGAGUCAGACGUUCAGAGUGGCCAGUAGCUUGCUCUCAUGGCGGCCAAGUGGGGAAGAGCCUGAAAGGCCUUUACGUUUCUUACCGUUUUGCCUCCCAUAGGCUCCCUGCUAACAAGUUCAGCCAAUAAAAACCGACUUUUUCCUGUUAUGACAAAUGAGGAUGAUUCUGUUCUAUCAGCAGUGGCGAAAAAUAACGAUUGUGGAUCACAGCACCCACCCAGACGUUACUGACCUUCCCACUGGAAAAGAAUCGGCCCCAGAUGCUGAGCCUUGCUGAGACUCUUUCAAACAGCCCUUUGGCAAAGGCCCCCCUGCCCCCCACCCGGCCAUAGCCAGGGGCGUGUGGACACGCCCCACCCUAACAGGAGGCUUAGAGCAAAACCAGGAAGAAGCCUGGCCUCUCAUGAGGGUGGGUGACGUGUGCCACACAUACCCAAGGGCAGAGUAAGAUUUGCUUUAGGGAAAGGCUUCCUGUCCGGGUCACAGGUAAACACCUUAUUGGGUGUGUCGUGUUUCAGACUGAUGACUUUUUUCCAGGAGUGACCCUUGGCGGACACUGAUUAUCAGGUCGACGUAUAAUGUCCGUUACCCAUACGUCACACUUUCCAAGUAUCCCACCUACCCACCUGACAGAGUGAAAGCCAUGCGAAUAAGAUACAGCCGUAAAGUGAAUUAGUAGUUUCAUGUUUGAUUGGACUCCUGCUUCAAACCAGUGUCCCAGUCAGCCAGUGGGGAAUCGAAGGAAGUUUGAGAAGUGUCCAUGAGCUUGUUGGACACCUAAGAAGCUUCCAGCCCAUUUCGCGCAUUACCGGGAUUGUACCCUGCGCUCUGAGCAAUAGCGUGUAAUAAGGCUGAGACAGAUCCUCGAUCCAAAAACAACCACGGACCCUUUCAUCAAAAGGCGUUACUGCUGAGGUGAUGACACAGACAGAAAGACAGACUUCCAGGCACCACAGAAACACCCAAAUUAGACGUCACAACGGUGUCGAGAGGAUAGAUGAUGAGUAAUGGUUGACGUGUGUUCACAAAUUCAACACCAACGAUCAGAAGGGAAACUGUGCCCCUGACUUCCUAGUUAAGAGAUUAUUGUACCUGUAACGCCAAUGGCCGUGACAUCUUUUCAGUAGAAAAUAAGGCAACAGGUUCUCUAUAAAAAGAAAACGUAUCAUUUUUCCCUAGGAGAGGUUACGCACAAAACAGUAAAUGAGUCAUUUUUGUGAGACACGCUAUAUUGCGUUAUUUCUAAGGUACGCUUUUUUCUCCACGUUGUAACAUCUCUGAAGACAUAAUGCAACCUGCAAUUGAGGUCAUUUUAGAUUCAAUGAUACACAAUAUUUUUUUAACAGUCUUAACAAACUAGUAGCUCCUUUAAGUGGUAUAAACCGUCUAACUGAACCAUCUGUUUUUGAAGUUAAAGCUAGCUGUAUUUGUUUGCUUUUUAGAGGGUAGUGUAUAAUUUUAAUUAUAUCUCUAUAGGGGUGGUGUGGAACCCCAGGGGUCAAUGGGGGGGGGGGGCCAUUAUCAGGGCCCAGAGGGAGAGCUGUCUGGAGAACGCCUCCAGUCGGGAACAACGACCCUCAGGAGAGGGACGUAUGCAGCCUGUGGGGAGGGACCCGAGAGGAUCACCCUAACCUCGUUCCUCUCCCUGAUUUCUCUGAUCCCCUUCCUCCCCGCUUUGACUAAACCCAACUGGAAACCAAAGAGCACCAGUCACAUAGGUCCAGGUUCAAGGCAGAGACAGAAAAGGCAGAGACGAGGCAACGGAAGCCAGGGACUCAUGCCUCUUACGUGCCUCUUAGGAAUCCCUGGGGAAGUCCGUGCCACUGACUCUUGCAGGAACAUAGGAGACAAGCAGCCUCUUGCGCAGGGGCGUGUACUGCCCAGCACCGUCUCCCGAGGGCCUGACCGAAGCCCGGCCAACGGGGCGGUCGGAGCUUCCUAAACGCACUUCGGUGUCAUUUCCCAGCCGGGUGCAGGAAGGAGCGUACCACACAGCCUUCGUAGACUCCCAGCCAAGCACAAAUAUUCUGGUGCCAGAUGUUCCUCGACUCGGUGGCGUGUGUGUUCCCAAAGUAUGAGCUAAAAGUGUAUAUCGUCAGUAUUCAUGUUGCCGAAGAAGCCAGAAACCCUCUGUCCACACGGGGGCUCUCGGUCUACCUGAUAGAAAUAAGGACCUCCCUUCUAGCCAGGUUUUUGCAGCAUCAGCAUUCGUGGUUAGUUAUCCUAGUUCUCUUAUGCUGAAGAACAACGAUUAAACUCCACACUCAGUGGCAGACGAUGCUGUACCCAGGGCGCCUGGGUGGCUCAGUCGGUUGAGCGUCUGACUUUGGCUCAGGUCAUGAUCUCACAGCUCGUGGGUUCGAGCCCGUGUCGGGCUCUGUGCUGACCGGCUCAGAGCCUGGAGCCUGCCUCAGAUUCUUUGUCUCUCUCUCUCUCUGCCCCUCCUCUGCUCCUUCUGUCUCUCUCUCUCUCUCUCUCUGUCAAAAAUAAAUUUUUUAAAAAACGUGCUGUAACCUGUCAAACAGUCAUUUACAUAUAUUUAUAACUUAAAAUGAAUGGGGUGAAAUCUAGUAAGUUAUAGGAGCAGAUGCUCUGAUCUUCAGAAGUAUAAACAUAAAACAAUUCCUUAUCUUUAUGUAUAUUUGGAGUUCCAAAUCGCAACUCGAUUGUGUAUGUAUAUGCAUGAUGUAUAUGAUGAGCCCUAGAGCAGAUGUUUGGAUGAUCAAGCCAGUCACUGGGCUCAUGUAUAACUAUUCGUGUCAUUUAAAGAGUCAAAAAUUAAAAGCGAUCGAGCCACGUCCUUGUGGCGUGGAGGAAAUGUGAGGUACAAGCUAGGGCAGUGUGCUCUUUGUGACAGUGACACCAUAUGUCACAUAAAGCAGAGUACUCCAGGAGGGUGAUGGAUGCCUGGUUGCUCCCAGUGCUGAUAGCUGAGGCUGCUAACUUUGGGCGGGCAUAGGACACCUUCUCACUGAGAUUAACUGUGAGAAGAGGGAGCCUCUUAGAAGCCAACAUCCUCUAACCACCAAAAAAGAGGGGCAGGUGGUUACCACGUUU